CUUAACUAAUUACCCCUUCAGACUUCACACUGAAAACUGUUUUUCUGUGUCACAUUUCCAUGGAAAAUCUGUCACAUUCAUUUGCUAAAAAGAGUUACCAUGGAAGCAGUGGGUUUAUUACAACACCAAGCAAGUCUAUAUACGACGACGUUUUUGGUGGUCCACCUAAGUUCGGUGUUCCAACAUUAGCUCCUCGUUACGAGGAUUAUACUGAGAUUUUUGGUGGUUUUCACUCUUCAAGAGCUUCAUCUAUUCCCAUUUUGGAUCUUCCUGUUGUUGAUGAUCAACUGUCGUUUGAUGUCCAGAGUUGUCAUUUUGAUUAUUCUGAGAUUUUUGGUGGGUUUAAUGUUUUUGAUUUUGCCCUUCCUUAUGAGGAUUUGGUUCGUCAAUCUACUUCUGGUUAUGAUUCUUCUGACGACGCCUGGAGUCCAGCUCAAAGUGAGACCCUGUCAAAUGAGUCAGAACCUUCUGCUUUUUCUGAAAGGAGUCAGAGCUCUUCUAGUGCUGAUGUUCAUCAUUCAUCUGAUGAUACCAAGCAGUUCAACAUUUCAUAUCACAUGACUUCCCAGAGUAGCGAUGGAGUUGUAUCAAAUGGCAUGACACAUGUUGCUCAUCUGCAUGCUAUUCCUGGAUACACUUACAUGGUCAGUGGAACUCAGGCUUCUCGAAAUACAGAAGAUGAGGAGCCACCUAGACAGCCAGCUCUUGAUCUUAACUACAAUGUGGACGUGAGUGGACCGGUUUUAGAAGACAAGCAAUCCAAAAGAAGCACAUCAUGUAAUAUGAGCAGCAGUUAUAUCAUGCAUGGAAGUGAUUCAAAACUUCCAGAGAAAUGUAGUGAAGCUAGUCGUACUCCAGAUAAGCCAUUCUUCAGUGUGUCAGAUAUCAGCUUAAGAACUAGGCCUUCAGGGUUACCGCCACCAUCAAGACCGCCACCUGCUCUGGCUUCCAAGAAAGAAGGCUUCGAUAGACUUAAUUCAAGACUCAAAGCUUCUAACAAUUGUGCUUCUGAGCCAAAACAAAGUGAUAGUUCACAAGCUUUCUUUGAUAUGGAUGUAUAUGCAAGUUCAUCUGCAGCAGCGUCUUCUGCAGCUAUAAAAGAAGCAAUGGAGAAGGCUCAAGCAAAGCUUAGAAGUGCAAAAGAGCUAAUGGAGAGAAAGAAGCAAGAUCUGAAAUGUUAUUCAAAACUCCAUUUGGAGAAUGGUAUGUUGGAGGAAAGACCAAGCAAUACAUUUGACAAAGAUGACAUGGAACAAAACAUGUGUGAAGGAAAAAUGGAAGAAGUCUUUAAGAACAAUGAGGUUAAUUCAGGUAAUAUUGAAGGAGGACAUUUCAAAUUUACUGGAAAAAGUGAAGAAAGUGAGCAAGAUAAGCGUAAUAUGUCAUCUCAACAACCAUAUAAAGAUGAUGGAAGAGUUGCUUGGAGGGAAGGUGCAGAAUUUUUUGAAGUAGUUGAAACCUACCCAUCUUGUGGGUCUGCUGAGAAAGUCAAGAAUGAAUUUGGUGUGCUGCAUAAUAGGGAAACACAUGAAUACAGACAAUCUGAAGCAGCUACUGACAGACUUGACCGUCUAGAAACUUGCAAAAAUGUUGUGGCAAAGGAGGAUCCAGACGGCAAAGAGGAAAGUGAAGAAAAAGUGGGUAAAUGGUCCUAUCAAUGGGCUAAUACACAUCAAAGAUCAAAAGAAGAAGAUUUGUGUGAUCAAUUGGAGCAUCAUAAGGAGACAGUAAUAGCAGAAGAAAACUUAUCGGAUGUUAGUCUGAGUGAGAAACAUGUUAAAGUCCAGCAAGAGAGAACAAGUGAGAAGCUAAGCAGCAGUUCUCAUAAAAGUGUGGAGUACAUUGGAGGAGGUGGCCAGAAUGUGAGUGAACGUAAAGCUACGGUGAAACUAAGUGGUGGCAGGAGAAGAUUAGAUGAUCAAAAGGGAUUCAUAAAUACUGAUGCUAGGCAUAUUGAUAUAGAGCUGAUGUCUGAGAUUGAAGAAUAUGAGGGAGGACUUAGGCAUGUUAUUGAUGAAACAGGAAAUGGACAGAGAGUAAAUGAGAUACUCAAACAGGAAAGGAAGAAGAAACCUGAUGCAGUUUCUGAAAGAGAAGAAGGCGUUAGUCGUUGGGAGGACAAUGCAAAUAAACCAAAAGAGGAUUUUAAAACAGAAAAGAACAAUGAAAAGUCAGAGGUAGCUUGCAAACAAGAGAACAGUGAGAGGGACAAAGAAGUGGACUUCAAGAUGGACCUAAAGGAUCAGGAUGCAAAUGGUGCUUUUGAGUGGGAGCAAGGAGACAGCCGAUUUAGAGUGGCUCUCAAGAAGAAAGAGCAUGAAGGAGAAAAAAAUGAGGCUGAAAAAGGAGAAGAAAUUGAGGGAAGAUUGAGUGGCGCUUGCGAAGGAGAAGAUGGUGAUAUGGAAAUGACCGAGGUUUUGGAGCAGCAAGAAAACAAUAUAGAAUCUCUCCUGGCUCCCAAAUUAGAUUUUGAGAACGUAUCUGAAGGGGCCAGUGAGCUUGAAGAAACUGAGCAAACAAAUGUUUGUGAUGUUAAGUGGGACGAAUUGCGCGAACAGACCGAAGAUAGCCCCCCAAUUGAAUUGGUUGGGUCUGUUUUGAAGCAGAACACUAAUGUUGAAGUUCGCAAGGAUGCUACGGCAUUGGAGGCUUGCCAACCAAACUAUGAGACUCUAUUUGCGAACAAAAUGUCCGAGAAGCCGGAAGAAAACCUCGUAAAUCUGGUCACAACUCAAUCUGCCCUUUCCUGCGAAGAAAAUGAGAGAUUAGAAACUGAGUUGCAAAAUUGUGAAAAAGAAUCAGAAGUUGAACUGACCAAUCUGCUGCCUAAAGAUGGAUGCAGCUCUGUUUACAAGAGACAAGAUCUCUUGGAGCAUGGAAAAGAUCCAAGUAAAAGAGCAGAUGCAAUAGGGUCUACUUCUUUGAAUGAGCAUUUAACCGAUUCAAAUGGAACUGGUAUCUACAUAAGUAAAGCGUCAGAUAGACUGAAGAAGACUGCUUCUGAAAUUGGAAAUCAGUCUGAUCAAAGAAAUGGAAAGCCUCUUGAAUGUCUGACAGUUAACGCCAAGAGAUUUCAGUCUGGCACUAACCAGGAAGUUACAGAGGAAAAGUUUACAGCUAAUCACUCUAACCAUAGAAAUGGAACAAAUGCUGAAAGGCCAAAAGUGAACACCAAGGUAGUUCAGUCUGGAACUAAUCAGGAAGUUACCGGUGAAAAGUUUACAGCUCAUCAGGUUGCCAGGGAAUGGGCCACAAAUGCUAAGAAAAUUGGAGAUGCUUUGGCUGCUGUGCUAGAGGAUGUUGAGAUCCUGUCAAGUACAGACCAGAGAGCCGCAAUUGGAAGUCCCCAAAAGAAAGAGAGAAAUUCAAACAAAAUCAUUACUCCUGAAGCCCAAAAAACUGAUGGAAGACUGAAAAAAGAAAGAGAACUGGAGGAAGAAUCUAUGAGAAAGUUAGAAGAAGAAAGGGAGAGAGAAAGGGAAAGAGAAAAGGAUCGGAUGUCUGUAACUCGUGAAGCUCUGGAAAAGUCAUAUCUUGAAGCCCGUGGGAGAGUAGAAAGAGCUGCCAUGGAGAAAGCUGCAACUGAAAUGCGUCAAAGAACUAUGGCGGAGGCCCGAGAAAGAUCAGAGAAGGUAUCUGCAGAGGCUUGGGAGAGAUCUUCAGCAGAGCAAGCAGCUAGGCUCAGGGCGGAGCGGGCUGCAGUAGAACGAGCAACUGCAGAGGCUCGAAAACGAGCUUUUGAGAAAGCAAUGGCUGAGAAGGCUACCCUGGAAUCAUGCGAACGAGUGGAAAGGUCAUCUUCUGAAAAGUUUUCUGCUUAUUCUAGGAGCACUGAAAUGAGACAGAGCUCUUCUUCUGAGAAGCAUGCACAUCAGAGCACAGAGACCUCAAAAUUGAGAUACUCGUAUUCUUCAGCUCAUGCUGGCAUUGAAGGUGAAUCACCUCAAAGAUGUAAAGCUCGGUUGGAGAGGUAUCGCAGAACAUCAGAGCGCGCUGCUAAGGCCCUGGCAGAGAAAAAUAUGCGUGAUCUUCAAGCUCAGAGGGAGCAAACGGAGAGAAAUAGGUUGGCUGACACUCUGGAUGCUGAAGUGAAAAGGUGGUCAAGCGGGAAAGAAGGCAAUCUACGUGCAUUGCUUUCAACUUUGCAAUAUAUUCUUGGGCCUAAUAGCGGUUGGCAGCCAAUUCCACUGACAGAAGUAAUAACUUCUGCAGCAGUGAAGAAAGCUUAUAGGAAAGCAACUCUUUGUGUGCAUCCUGACAAAUUACAACAGCGAGGUGCUAGUAUUCAUCAUAAGUAUAUAUGCGAGAAGGUCUUUGAUCUUCUAAAGGAAGCAUGGAGUAGGUUCAACUCUGAGGAGAGGUAGUUGAAGACUUGUCUGCUCGCUUGAACAUUUAAUUUGCACAGUAGUGAGUAGAUUCUCUUUCUUAUUAUUUUUAGUUUCUGCAUGUAAGCGCAAGCUUUAGAAAUCUGCCCUGAAAGAAAAUGGGCUAACAUGGCUAUUCAUUGAAAUGAAACUUUUCCGUGAAA